AUGCCAGUUGAAAGACGAUCUUUGAGGUCCAACAGCAAGGGUGAUACCUCUUCAUCGACCAACGGCGAAAAAGCUCGUUCUAAUUCGAAUUCUACCUCGGGCAAAGAUAAAGCUGCCCCGACAACCCGCUCGGCGGCGAAUAAGGCUAAAUCUGCUCCGGCCAAGAAGACCGUCACAGGAAAGGGUGCCAGCGCCUCGAACAGCAACAACAAUAGCACCAUGAGUGGUGACCAGCCGCAGCGAAAUGGCACAGACCCAGUAGAGAACGGUGCUAACCGCGCCGAAGACGUGGAGAUGGAAGAGGAUACGCCAGGUGGGCCUACAUCGUCCAUCCAAACCAGCAGGGAGCAUGAUGGUGACCAGAUGACUGUUGUAGUGCCCCCAGCAAAGGGUGCCAGACUAUCUGGCCAGGAUAACAAGAAAGACAAAGAGGAAGACGUGGCCAUGGAAGGCUCAGACGAGAAGGAUGCUCAGGCAGAAGAGCCAGAGAUCGACCCCAGGGCGAAGGCUGUACAAGAUAUCCGAAACAACUUUGGUCUUUUGGAGCGUGCUGUUACGCACUUCGACUCUCGGUUUACCCUUCGGGUCCUGCGAUCAAUAUCCUCCAUGCGCAGAUAUAUCUCGCCCGACGUCCUUGCCGAAGUUAUUGUUGAUACUUAUGCUAGCUCAAACCCGACCGCAGCCUUUUUACUAGAGGCCAUUGGAAAGUCGGAUGCUUUUGAAGCUGCCUCAUCGAAGAUGGAUGUAGAUUCGGAUAAACCCAAAGCGUUCCGUGAAAUUUUGCCAGAAGUCGAUACUUAUCUCUCAAUCCUCGUUCAGAUUUACUUUUACGACCAGAAAGAAACUCAGCUUGGCGCCGACUUUUCGAGCAAAUUGGUUGAGCGAUUGCGGUUAUUGAACCGUCGAACUCUGGACUCUUUGAUCGCACGCGUGUAUUUUUACUUCUCCCUCUUCUAUGAACAACUGGCUCCCUUACCUCCGUCCUCUUCUGCUGCCGUCAUUCAGAUACGCAGGCCUUUGCUUGCUGCGCUUCGCACCGCCGUGCUCCGCAAGGAUGUUGAUAUCCAGGCGACCGUAAUCACGCUUUUACUGCGCAACUACUUGUCCACAUCACACAUCGCUCAGGCCGAUCUUUUGAUUGCCCACAACGAAUUUCCAGCCGCGGCAUCGAACAACCAAAUUGCUCGGUACCUCUACUACCUGGGUCGCAUCCGUGCCAUUCAACUGCGAUAUAGUGAAGCGCACGACCAUUUAACUGGAGCUACCCGUAAAUCACCGACCAGUCAUAGCGCUGGCGGGUUCUACCAGGUGUCCAUGAAGCUCUUGGUCAUCGUGGAUUUGCUCAUGGGCGAUAUCCCCGACCGUUCGAUUUUCCGCCAGCCGCCUCUGGAAAAAGCGCUGCACCCUUACUUCCUCCUUGUGCGUGCUGUUAGCACAGGUGAUCUUGAUGUAUUCUUGAACAUUGUCGAUACUCAUGGUGCAACUUUCCGAAAAGACGGAACCUAUACUCUGAUAUUGCGACUACGGCAAAAUGUCAUCAAGACUGGCAUUCGUGUCAUGUCAAUUGCCUACUCGCGGAUAUCACUGCGCGACAUCUGCCUUCGGCUCGGUCUGCAUAGUGAGGAGUCUGCGGAAUAUAUUGUCGCCAAAGCUAUUCGGGAUGGCGUUAUCGACGCUACCUUGGAUCACGAGCAGGGUUUCAUGAAGAGCAAGGACGCGGGUGAUAUCUAUUUGACAAGCGAGCCAGGUGAGGCAUUCCACGCUCGUAUUCAGGCUUGCUUAAGUCUCCAUGAUGAGAGCGUUAAGGCUAUGCGUUUCCCCAUGAAUCAACAUCGACUGGAAUUGAAGAACGCACAGGAAGCGCGAGAACGGGAGCGAGAACUUGUCAAAGAAAUCCAGGAAGGUGAUAUGGAUGAAGACGAUGCUGGCGGUGACUUUGAUGGCAUUUAA